ACGAGUGACGUCACCGCUCCGGCUACUGCGGCGGCGGCGGCCGGGUUGGAUCUGGUGUUUGGCCGUGGGCUGCCCCCGGCGCGGCGGCGUGGGCAGGCAGGUGGCGGGGCUGUCCCUCAGUGCCCUCGUCUCCUUCUCCCCACACCCCCGAGCCCACCGAACCCCGCGUACCCUACGGUGCUCGGAGGCACCGUUCCCGGGCGGGCGGGGCGGGGUCGACGCCGCCUCGCACAAAGCCGUGUGUGCCCGGGUGCGGGCGGAGCUGUCGCUGGGACCGCACCGGCUUCGCUGCAUUGGCAUCAUCAGCGCCCCGAUACCGGUAUCGCCGCCCCUGCAGCCGGGCGACCGCGAUGUGAAGGGGUGAUGGGCGCGGGGCAUGGCCGCCGGGCAGCGGUGGGGCGGGCGGCGGCGGCGGGCGCUGAGCGCCGCCGGUGAAAAUGGAGCCGCCACCGCCGGCGGCCGUGCCCGAGCCCCGGCUCCCCCUCGGGCCGCAGCGGGACGGGACGGGUCUGGAGCCGGAGCUGGAACCAGAGCCGGAGUCGGGCCUCUGGCUACUUGAGGCCGCCGAGCCCAUCCCGGGGCCGCCGCCGUGGUCCCCUCCGGAGCAUGGGGACUGCCUGGUCUUGGAGGGUUCCGCCGAGACCCCGGCUCGGGCGGAGGAGGAAGAGCCGCGUCUCCGGCCCGUUUUCGACGCCCUGGACCGCGACGGCGAUGGCUUCGUGCGGGUGGAAGAAUUCGUCCAGUUUGCCACGGCCUACGGUGCCGAACAGGUGAAGGACCUAACGAAGUACCUGGAUCCCAGCGGGCUUGGAGUCAUCAGCUUCGAAGAUUUCCAUCGAGGGAUCAGAGCUAUCAGAAAUGGAGACCCCGACAGCCAGCUGUAUGAUAUGGGCUACACCCCCGAGGAGGAGACCUCAGCCUGCCCUGAUGAGUUCGAUGACUUCGUCACCUUUGAGGCCAAUGAGGUGACAGACAGUGCCUACAUGGGCUCAGAGAGCACCUACAGUGAGUGCGAGACCUUCACGGACGAGGACAGCAGCACCCUGGUGCCACAGGAGCUGCAGGACGAGGUGGAGACCGACAGUGCCAUCGGCAGUGCCAUCGACAGUGCCAUCGACUCGGCCGUGCCCUCCGAGCUCACCGACCCCAGCGAGGAGCCCGAGCACGGGUCCCACCCCCACGAGCUGGCUCUGGGCUCGGAGCUGAGCCCCUCCCUGGUGAGGGUGAUCAGCGGCGAGGAGCACUUCGAGGACUACGGCGAAGGGCAGGAAGCAGAGCUGUUCCCGGAUGGCCUGUGCAACGGGCAGAGCAGCCUGGGCACCGCCUCCCUCCUCUCGCCCAGCAGCACCCCUCUGGCUGCCCAGCUCCGCAGCGUGCUGGCAGAGGAAGCUUUUGAGUUUUACUGUAGCCAGUGCCACAAACAGAUCAACCGCCUGGAGGACCUCUCUGCUCGCCUGAGUGACCUUGAAAUGAAUAGCCCCAAUAAGAGGCUCUCCAGCAAGAAGGUGGCAAGGCAGCUGCACCAGACCAGCACGCUGGCCGUGGCCGUCAUGGAGGAGUCCUACCGGGAGGCCCUGGAGUGCACCGAGGAGGACAUCACCGACAAGGUGGUGUUCCUGGAGAAGAGGGUGACAGAGCUGGAGAAGGACACAGCUGCCAACGGGGAGCAGCACAGCCGCCUGCGGCAGGAGAACCUGCAGCUGGUGCACAGGGCAAAUGCUCUCGAGGAACAGCUGAAGGAGCAGGAGCUGAGAGCUGAUCAAACGCUCCUGGAGGAGAUCAAGAAGCAGAGGGAGCUGCUGAGCAAAAUGGAAAGGGAGAAGAGCAUCGAGAUUGAGAACCUGCAGGCCAGGCUGCAGCAGCUGGACGAUGAGAACAGUGAGCUGAGGUCCUGCGUGCCCUGCCUGAGAGCCAGCAUCGAGCGGCUGGAGGAGGAGAAGCAGAAGCUGCUGGAUGAGAUUGAGGAGCUGAGUGUGCAGCUGGCAGAGGAGCAGGAGAAGAGGAGGAAGCUGGGGGACAAGCUGAGCCAGGAGAGGCACCACUUCCAGAAGGAGAAGGAGUCAACACAGGAGCUCAUCGAGGACCUGAGGAAGCAGCUGGAGCACCUGCAGCUCUUCAAGCUGGAGGCUGAGCAGCGGCGGGGCAGGAGCAGCAGCAUGGGGCUGCAGGAGUACAACAGCAGGACACGGGAGACAGAGCUGGAGCAGGAGAUCAAACAGCUCAAGCAGGACAACAGGAGCCUGAAGGAGCAAAAUGAUGAACUCAACGGGCAGAUCAUCAACCUCAGCAUCCAGGGAGCCAAGAACCUCUUCUCAGCCUCCUUCUCUGAAUCCCUGGCAGCAGAGAUCAGCUCAGUCUCCAGAGACGAGCUGAUGGAAGCCAUCCAGAAGCAGGAGGAGAUCAACUUCCGCCUGCAGGACUACAUCGACAGGAUCAUCGUGGCCAUCAUGGAGACCAACCCCUCCAUCCUGGAGGUCAAGUAAGGGCAGCCUGGAGCCGCCCACGCCGCGCGGAUUUGGUGCUCUGAGAGGAUGAAGAGGGCCUGGAAACGUCUUUGCUCUUGAUGAAGGCACAAGGAAGCAUCUCAGCGCUCCAGGGGCCGGACCGGGGCCCCCCGGGGGGUCCCUCUGGCAAACCUGCAGCCAGGCUCUGCUGUCUGACUCUGUCGUUUCAAAUCCCUCCUGGCUGCGAGGGCUGAAAGGGAAGCUGGAGAGGAGCGCAGGCAGCAGCCAGGGAGGAGGCUGCCUGCAGAGCUGGGGACUGCCCCAUCGGCUCCUCUGGCACCUGCUGGGCUGGCAACAGGAGCUUGCCACGCAGGGGGGCUCUGAAGAGAAGGGGUGGGGGGUAGGGUCUUCAAACUGCAGGCUAAGGGAUGGAGAAGGAAGAUGCCCUGCCCAGCAUCUGCUUUGCCAAAGUGUCCCUGACACACUCAGCUGGCUGGGGCAGAGCUGGCAGAGGGGGGGAGGCCUUGGCCAGGGGUUGGGUUGGUUUUGUGGUUCGUUGGUUGUUCUUUUUUUUUCAAGUCUUAACUUAAUGCAGAUGUCCUCACUCAGCUGGCACAGCCAGGCCCUGCUCCCGAGGAGCCAGCUGGCUGCCCCAGCUCACCCUGCCUGGCAGCACGGGGCAGGGCAGCAGCUGCUGUGGGGACAGGGCAUCAGAGCACUUUGUCACCCGCCUCCUUAUUUAUUUUUGUUGUCUGUGGCUCACUCCCCUUGGCACACUUUGGUGUUUGUAGCUCUGCCACCCUCCUCUCUCCGCUGCACGGGGGCUGUGUGUGUCUGAACCAGGCUGGCUCUGAGGGCAGAGGUGCCCUGGUCCCCCCCACUGUGGGCACACAGGGCUGCACAGCCUGCAGGGCCUCUGCCACCUGUGCUGGAGCCCCUAGUGUUGGGGACAAGCAGCAGCAGAGCAGCCUGAGGUGUCCACCUCACAUCCUGAGGUCCCUGGGGACAGUGACCUGUGCCAGUACCAGCUGGAGCAGGGCUCUGCCCAUGAUAGCUGCAGCCUGGAGGGAGAGCCCACGCCUGCCACCUUCCCUGCAGCACCUGGGCUGAACCCUCUGUGCCACGGGGGAGAGCAGAGCAGGGACCAGCAGAGCAGCACCCUGGGAGCCCACAGCCAUGUUGAUAUCAAACAGCUUCUGGCUUGCUGGCACCAGGGAGCCACCAGGUCACCACCCUGUUCCAGGAGCCCACGGCCAGCAGAGUCCCAAGGAUCCAGCUUCAGUUCGUGUGCCAGGCCCCAGGAGCUCUUCUGCUGGCCAGCUUGGGCACAUGCCAGAGAGGCCUGAAGCAGAAGCCACAGUGAUCCCUUGGCCACUGGGCAGGCAGGGGGUGCCUGCACCUCCCCAGACCACUCCCAUAUAGGUGGCACCUCUCCCUUCCCAUGGUGGCACCUCUCCCUUCCCAUGGUGGCACCUCUCCCCGUGGGGUCCCAGCAGCCACUUCCCCCUUUCUCCCCCAGAAGGCAGCUGGUGAGGGGUGGCAGCUGCCACAGCCUUACACCCUGUUUGUUGGGAGGGAGGUCCCUGGUGCCUCACAGGUCCCUGGGCCCAGAGCUGGCCAAGCCUCUCUCAUGACCCUCCCUCUUCCACAGCUCAACCUCCUGUGGCCUCAUGCCUGGCACAAGGGGCUGGGCAAAGACCCCCAAAAAACACCACCAAUCAACAGAGAGAAAAGCAAAGCCACACAAAGCAAAGCAAAAUGAAGCAAACCAACACAAAAUGAAGCAAACCAACACAAAGCCACCCAAAAUGAAGCAAAGCAACCUAAAAUGAAGCAAAACAACACAAACCAAACAAGAAUGAAGCUGACGAGCACAAAAUGAAGCAAACCAACACAAAGCCACCCAAAAUGAAGCAAAGCAACCCAAAAUGAAGCAAAACAACACAAACCAAACAAGAAUGAAGCUGACCAGCACAAAAUGAAGCAAACCAACACAAAGCCACCCAAAAUGAAGCAAAGCAACCCAAAAUGAAGCAAAACAACACAAACCAAACAAGAAUGAAGCUGAACAACACAAAACAAAAUGAAGCAAACCAACACAAACCAAACCAGAAUGAAGCAAACCAAACCAGAAUGAAGCAAACCAAACCAGAAUGAAGCAAAGCAACACAAACCAAACGAGAAUGAAGCUGAACAACACAAACCAGAUCAAAAUGAAGCAAAACAACACAAACCAAACGAGAAUGAAGCUGAACAACACAAACCAAACCAAACUGAAGUAAAGCAACACAAGAUGAAGCAAACCAACACAAACCAAACCAGAAGGAAGCAGAACAACACAACGCAGAGCAAAGCAAAACAACACAAAUCAAGACAACCCCGACCCAAGACCAACCCAACCCUUGGUGGCUGAGGGGUAGGGGGGUACCCAGGCCCUCUCCCAUUGCUGGCAUCCCCCUCCCUGCCACCCCCCCUCCCCCCAACCCUGAGCCUCCUCCACCCUUCCCCUCCCCCCAGGCAGAAGCCAGGGCAAUGUACAUUUGCAGAGAAGCUUUUUGGGUGUAAAUCAGUUGUAAAGUUGGAGAGGGAAAAAAACAUUUUUCUACCUUGUAGAGUUUAGGUAUUUUUAUAGAAGGGAGGUCACUCAUUUUUUUAAUACUUUAAAAGAAGAGACAAAAGUUAUCUCCAAAGCAUCUAUAUAUAGCUGUACAAAUCUAUAAAUAGCAGAGAUCUGCCUUUCUAGCCUUGGGAUCCUGGAUCCUCAGGCCUCAAACAAUCAUCUCUUGGAAGGGAGGUGGGAGGUGGGGGGGUGGAGGGGGAAGGGGAGGAGGUUGGGAUCUUUUAUUUUAUUGUGGGUUGGGAGUUUUUGUUUGUUUGUUUCCCAAGAGGUACUGUAACUGUAAAUAAGCACCAGGGAUCAAAAAAAAACAAACCAACAACAACAACGAAGCAAACAGAAGUUGUAAGCAAAAGCAAAGCACUGACUUGCACAUUCCCCCACGCUUUAAAGGUCCCUAUGGAAGGAAAUAAAAGUGGAAAAAUCACCCCAGAAAAAAACUAAUUCCCCCACCCCCCCCAAAAAAAAAAAGUUCCUUCUUUCCUCUGGCCUGGUAUGUGGAGGAAGUUUUCAACCCCCCCAUCCCCAAGAGGCAAGCCCAGUGUUGUCUGCAAUGAUGUAUAUCAAUUCUUGUUGGAUUAAAAGCUGUUACUACUGCUGC